AAAAAAAUAAAAAAUACCUGAAGUAAUUUUUAUAAGCAGCAGAAAGAUUUUUUUUAAGCCAAGUUAUUGAGCCUUUAACUCCGAAAAACAUCCUCAGUGAGUGCCAGGAGGCAAGCCUCAUCUGCUCCAUAUCACCGCUCCACUGAGUGGGUCGCUGCUCCAGGGGGCUGUGUUGGCAGAUGAAUUACCAGGGAGAUCUCUUCCGGACAGAAAUGCCUGCCACGGACUUGUGCUCAGCUCCUUGUCCUUAUUGCCAGUUAUUGGUGUGUGGGUUCAGUUUCUUUUUCAUCACUGGGAGCCUUGGUCUGAGUAAUCCGCUUGUUUCUUAGUAUUACUUAAGCAUUAUUCAAGUUGCUGUGACAGAGAUUCAAAAUAGUGUUUUUAACUUCUUGUUCCGCUUUGCCUACCUGGUGGCUCUGGCCGUCAAGGCCGUCUGGCAGCCUGGCUGCUUGCCUCAUCCAUGUGUCACCGUGGGGAGGGAGAAGGGACGUGGAGGUAGGGGCCCUGCACACAUCCCUUGCAGUCCCGGCUCAUGGGCUGGAUCUCAGUCACAGGGUCACGCCUAACUUCAGGGGACUCCACGAGGUGUAGUCAUUUGCUGGGCGGCCACGUGCCUCCUCAUAUUUUAGGUGGCAUUUCUGUCACUCGGAGGGAGCAGAGGUUCUGGGCAGUCUUCAGUCUGCCACAGUCUGCCCCACCGGCCACUCUUUGUCCCACACCACGUACUUCCUCUGGCCCAGAGGGUGGGGUGUGCCUUUUCCCACCAGGUGCAGCUUCACACAGUCACACUCUAAACUCACACGAGCCCCGGCCACCCUGAAGGUUGUCUCCAUCACCUGCCAAAGGCAGCAUGACUGUAUGGACUCGCCCCCUCAAAAAGGGGAAGAAUUGCCUUCCACAGCUGCGCUGGCUCCCCGUGCAAUUUGCAAGAGUGUCUUGACCAGGUGACCCCUCAAGUGAGCAGUCCCGGGACCUGGGACCCAGCAGUCACUCCCAGAGUCCAAGCUACAUCCUUCCCCAUCUGCCACCCAGCCACUCUGUCCCUGGAGUUGGGUGUUGGAGGUGGAGCCCCAGAGAAGCCUUCUAAAGUGGUUGAGAAACUUGUGACAAGAAGGUGACUCGGGAGCCUGAAUUUCUGAGGAUGGAAAUCUGCCCAAGACUAUGUCCGAAACACUCACAGUGAUGGAGCCCCCUGCCUCUGAGUCUGGGGCAUUCCCUGAACCCAGAUUAGCGGGGCUGUUGGGAAACCCAGAAGGGCAGAGCCUGCGGAGCUGCCCCCCUCAGGAGGGCAGUUUCAGGGGGGUGACGGUUACCCAUUGGAAGAUCCAAGCAGGAGAGGCAGCUCGGGUGGGCAGUAAAUCAGGAGAAAGCCCAGUUCUGAGCUCAAACCUCCUUCUCCUCCAGAGAGAGCUUGUGGAAGGGGAAGCCCACCAGUGUGAGAUUUGUGGCAAAAGCUUUACAUUUAACUCGGACCUAGUUAGACAUCAGAUUUCUCAUGCUGGGGAGAAACCUUACAGAUGUGAGCAGUGUGGGAAAAGCUUCAGCCAGAGCUCCCACCUUGCUGAGCAUCAGAGAGCUCACACCGGAGAAAGACUCUAUGUGUGCAACAUGUGUGGAAAGGACUUCAUUCACUAUGCAGACCUCGCUGAGCACCAGAGAGCCCACGCAGGAGGAAAGCCAUUCCGAUGCAUGCAGUGUGGGAGAGCCUUCCAUCACAGCUCAGACCUGGUUCGGCACCAGCGAAUUCAUACCCGGGAGAGGCCUUUCGAAUGCAAGGAGUGUGGGAAAGGCUUCAGCCAGAGCUCCUUGCUUAUUCGCCAUCAGAGAAUUCACACAGGAGAAAGACCUUAUGAGUGUAAUGAGUGUGGAAAAUCCUUCAUUAGGAGCUCAAGCCUUAUUCGACAUUAUCAGAUCCACACAGAAGUGAAACAGUAUGAAUGUAAGGAGUGUGGGAAGGCCUUCCGUCAUCGCUCAGACCUCAUUGAACAUCAGAGAAUUCACACUGGAGAGAGGCCCUUUGAAUGUAAUGAAUGUGGGAAAGCCUUUAUUCGGAGUUCAAAGCUUAUUCAACAUCAGAGGAUCCAUACUGGGGAAAGGCCUUAUGUGUGCAAUGAGUGUGGGAAGCGCUUCAGCCAGACAUCAAACUUUACCCAGCAUCAGAGAAUUCACACUGGAGAGAAACUCUAUGAAUGUAACGAAUGUGGGAAAGCUUUCUUUUUGAGUUCGUACCUUAUUCGACACCAGAAAAUCCACACUGGAGAGAGAGUGUAUGAAUGUAAGGAAUGUGGGAAAGCUUUUCUCCAGAAAGCCCAUCUCACUGAACAUCAGAAAAUCCACACUGGGGAUAGGCCUUUUGAAUGUAAGGACUGUGGGAAAGCUUUCAUUCAGAGUUCCAAGCUGCUUCUACAUCAGAUUAUUCAUACCGGAGAAAAGCCUUAUGUAUGUAGUUACUGUGGGAAAGGCUUUAUUCAGAGGUCAAACUUCCUUCAACACCAGAAAAUUCAUACUGAAGAGAAACUCUAUGAAUGUAGUCAGUAUGGGAAAGACUUCAACUCAACCCCAAACUUUAAAAAUAAUCAAGGUGUUCACCAAGAAGGACUUCCUUUGAGUAAGACCACCAUACAUUUGGGUGAGAAGUCUGCAGGUCAGGGGGAACAUAUAGAUAACUUAUAAAAUAACGACUCUCCAACUCAGUGAGUGAUAUUUAGGAGGGAGUGGAAUGAGUCCUAACUCAUGAUUUUGGAGGUGUCAGCGUUUUCCAAAGUCCUAGGCAGGGCUGCUUUCAGAGUGGGCUGUCACCCACCACUGUGCAGCAGCACUGGGGUGCUGUCCUCCACUACGAACAUGUGACAUCAGAAGAGCCACGUGACUGGACAGCUGGCUUUGAGCUGGAACAAUGCUGGGGGAUGGGCUAGGUCUCAAGCUUUCUAUAUGUUAUUGCACAAUUACAAUUCACCCAAGUUAAAAAUCCUUUUUAAAGCAGAACUAUGUGUCUUAAUACUUAAAAAAAGAAUAUCACGUGGUAAGUUUUGAGCUAUCAAAAAGGCAAGUUGGAGAAAGACCUUUGUUAUUUAAAACCACAAGUUGGUUCCCGAUUGUCCUUAGGAUAAUUUCCAAGCUCCCGGUCCUGCUUUCUAAGGCCUUUUGCUUCCUGGCGUUUCAUCUCCCACUGCUUAAUCUCCUGCCACGUGGCUGGCGCUGCAGCAACACUAACUGCUUGACAUUCCCACUUAACCCAAGCUGCGCCUGCAUCCUUCUCUUUGUCCUUGUUUGAAUGCUCUCCACUCCACACCUGGAUAAUUCCUCAUCAGGAGUCAAGACCCAUCUCAGGCAUCAUGUCAGGCUCAACCAGUUACCCCUCUGUGCUUGUGUUGCUAUGAGCACUUCUGUUACUGCACUCACUUCGGUAUAUCAAAAUUAUGUUUUUAUUUACCAUCUCUUUCAUUAUUACACUACUAAUUCCUUCAGGACAUGGUCACAGUUGAUUAUGUGUCCCUGGUACCUAGUGCAAGGCAAUAAAAAGCACACCCAAAUCUGUGUGUAAUUGGCUCUUCUCUUGCUUUGUACUGCUGUAGUUUAAAUUUUUGGAUUUUGUUGUUUUCUAACAGUAUAAUUUACUGGUCUGCUGGAAAUAUCUUCUCUCAGCCCUGUUGAUGUCUUCUGCCUAUAUGUAACUCAGAAGUUGUAAGCAGUAGCUAGUGGAAGACUAGCACGCCUCGUAUUUAUGCCUUUAGAGCUCACCCAUGACCGUCUACUUGCUUUUGGGGAGUGUUGCCUUCACCUGGUCGCCUGCAUAUCUUUCUAAUCCACUCAAGGGGCACACAGUCCCAGUGCACUGCUCAAGGUUUUCUGUCUCAGCAGUUCCAUGAUUGACCUCUUCUGGUCACUUUCCCCGCUUUCUGGCUCACUUUGUCAUUUAUCUGAAUAUGUAUUGAUCUAGAAGGACCAGGGCUGAACACUUAGGAAACAGAUGAAAUUUUUGGGUCUGAUGGAGAAGACAAAGUUCACUGCACAGAGCUAAGUGCUGAAGAAGUUCCACAUUGUGUAGGAGCAUAGGUAAGGAGGGGACUAAUUUGGUGUGGAGGAUCUGGGCCGGCUUCACAGAAGAGGUGACCCCAGAACUGAGAAAGAGCCAUGGCAGCUAGAGAAGAGGAUGACCUGGGAGAGGAAUCUGCAGAUAAGGUACAGCAGACACCUCUUUGGGGAGCUGUAAUACACAGUACAUAAUGGUCUACCCAACUUUCAGCUGCUGCCUCUGAUUUUCUUUUCUCUGAACAUUAACCAAAACAACCAGUUUUGAAAUGACAUGAACCAGUUUUUUUGCCUGUGAGGGCAUAUUCUGAGUUCUUAAAUUCCAGCAACACUAGCCUUCAGGGGGUAAGUGAUAAAGAGGGGCAUACAGUACUACAUUUUCUGGAAAAUUCCUCAUUACUAGAGAUGUUUCAAAUGGUGCAGAAGAGAUAUUACCAGACCAUUUCAAUCAACUUUGGUGACGUCCAGUUUCCAUACAGUAAAACACCUAUUUAAAGUGUACAGAGCUUUGAGAAACCAUAUACCUGUGUAACCACCAAUAGAAUAAAGAAAAAUAACAUUCUUAUCACCCAAACAUGUUCCUUUUGCCCUUUCCCAGUUAAUCCCACCCUAGUCCCAAGUACCUGCUUUGGGUCAGUGUAGAUUAGUUUUGCUUGUGGGGCAUCACAUAAAUGGACCCAUACAGUAUGUAAUUCUGUGUGUCUUGACUUCUUUUGCUUUGGCAUGUUUUAAAGACUCAACCAAGUAGUUAUGUGUUUGGGUAUCUCUCUGCUGAGUAGUGUUCCAUUGUAUGGACAAACCUUUGUUAAUCAUCCACCUGUUGAUAGAAAUUUGGGUUUCCAGAUUUGGCUUUUAUGAAUAAAACUGCUAUGAGCAUUUGUGUAAAA